AUGUAUGCUGCGAUUGGUAGUGAUGAGGAUGACUGUUACCGGUGUUUCCCGCCCGACCCGGGCAUUGGUACUGCCGCGUCAGGUACUAGUGAGGCUGCUGCUCUAGGUGCCAGUGCGUCUGUGCUCUCAGGUGCUGGUGAGUCUGCCCUCUCAGGUACUGUGUCGGCUUCGGCCUCUCACACCUUCACCCUUGACUCUGGAGCGUCUCGCUCCUUCUUUAGGGACCGCACCACUCUCACGCCGCUGAGUCGGCCGGUUGCGGUGUCCCUGGCUGACCCCUCUGGGGGGCCUGUCCUGUCUCGCUUCUCCACUUUCCUCCCGUGUCCGGCGGCCCCCUCUGGCACCCUGACUGGUCUUUACCUCCCCUCGUUCUCGACGAACUUGGUGAGUGGUGCUGACCUCCAGGAUGCGGGUGUCCACCAGUUCACCCCUGCUCGUCAGCGGGUGACCCACUGCACGGAGGCGGAUACAGGUCGCCACCUGGCUACGUUUACACGUCGGCCAGGGUCGAGCCUGUACACACUGACCACUGCUUCUCCUCCAGGUGCUGAGUCUGGUCAGGUGUUUGCUGCAGCGUCCAGAGGCAUGGCCUCGCGAGUCCUUGUGUCUGGUCUUCCCCGGUCUCUCCCUCCCCUUCCUCCGGGCCCUGGCCCCACCUGUGUCCCCUGUGUCGAGGGGCGCCAGCGUGCUGCCCCUCACUCCUCCCAGUUUCCUCCGACAGAGGCCCCGUUGCAGACGCUUCACAUGGACGUGUGGGGCCCAGCCCGCGUCCGUGGACAGGGUCAGGAGCGCUACUUCCUGCUGGUGGUUGACGACUACUCGCGUUACACCACAGUCUUCCCCUUGCGCAGCAAGGGUGAGGUCACUGAGGUGCUGAUCGAUUGGCUCCGCGCAGCUCGUCUCCAGCUUCGGAGGAGCUUUGGCUCUGACUUCCCUGUUUUGCGUCUGCACUCGGACAGAGGCGGAGAGUUCUCCUCUGGCCUCCUGAGUGCCUACUGUCGUGCGCGAGGCAUCUGUCAGACCUUCACGCUUCCGGACUCACCGCAGCAGAAUGGGAUUGCUGAGCGCCGCAUUGGCAUGGUCAUGGACGUCGCUCGUACGUCCAUGAUGCAUGCGGCUGCUCCCCAUUUUCUGUGGCCGUUUGCGGUCAGUUACGCUGCGCACCAGAUCAACCUCCACCCCAGGGUCUCUCGACCGGAGACCUCCCCAGCCCUGCUGUGGACGGGGAAGGUUGGCGAUGCGUCGGCGUUCCGGGUCUGGGGAUCUCGGGCGUUUGUUCGCGACCUGUCUGCGGACAAGCUGUCCCCUCGUGCUUCUCCCUGCGUCUUCCUUGGGUUCCCCCCCGACGCCCCUGGGUGGCAGUUUUACCACCCCUCCUCUCGACGUGUUCUGUCCUCCCAGGACGUCACGUUCGACGAGUCGGUACCCUACUACCGCCUCUUCCCCUACCGCACUCCGUCCCUCCCCCCGCCCCCGCUCUUCUUGGUACCAGGUCCCCCCCCGGUAGUCCCCCUCCCCCCUCAGGGUCCUGCCCCUUCAGGUGUGUCCCAGGUAGACGCGGUCGAGCCUGUCGAGGUCACUGGUGACUCUGGUGCUGCUGCGGGAGCUGAGCCUGGGGGUGCGGAGUCUGGGGGUGCUGAGCCUGGAGGUGCCGAGUCUGGGGGUGCUGAGCCUGGGGGUGCUGAGCCUGGAGGUGCCGAGUCUGGGGGUGCUGUGCCUGGGGGUGCUGAGCCUGGAGGUGCUGAGCCUGGGGGUGCUGAGCUUGGGGGUGCUGAGCCUGGGGGUGCUGUGCCUGGGGGUGCUGUGUCUAGGGGUGCUGAGCCUGGAGGUGCUGUGCCUGGGGGUGCUUCGUCUCGCCGGGAGCCACUCUCCCCACAGGAGCUGCGUGAGUGGUUUGCCAGGCGCUGGAGGCGUGCUGCUGGUGCUGGUGGUUCUUCGGCUGCAGAGGGUACUGCUGCUGCGCGCCCCGCUUGUGCUCGUACUGUGGGUGCUGGAGCUGCUGAGUCUGAGAGUUCUCCUGGAGCAGGUCCUGCUGAGGGGGUUGGCGCUGAGCCUGCCGUUGGCGGUCCGACUGACAGUGCUCCUGGUGCUGCGGCUGGAGGUUCUGGAGCUUCUGGUGGUGCUGCUGGAGGUGCUGCUGGAGUGGGUGCACCUGCCGGGGCUGCUGGUGCUGUUCCUGCUGUUUCUAGCGUCGCCGCGCGGCCUCGACCGUACUUCGUUCCGCUCCUGCAGCAGGUUCUUGGUCUUACACCUCCUCCUCCUCCCUUAGAGGGUCCGCAGCCUGUCCGGUCACAGCCACAGCUACAGCCUGCCUCCCCUUUGCCUGCUCCUUCUCCCUACGCUGGUCCGACUGGAGGUCUUACUGAGCGUCGUGAGCCUGCGUCUCGUCCUGUGUCGCCUGUUCGUACUGAGCGCGCUAGUGGUCGCGGGUCGCGUCAGCGUCCUCCUCCUGUCCCUGGCACACACCGGAUGUCACUGCGUCCGUCCACUGCUCCUCUGCGUGCCCCUUUGCCUUCUCCUCCUGCUUCCUCUCUUCCUGCUCUUGCCGACCCGGAGUCGGACUCUCUUCGUGCUGCCAGUCCUACUGUCACGCGUCUCCUGGCUACUGCUGUCACUGACCCCUCCUUCGAGUCGUCUGCUGCGUCUGCCCUUGUCGCUGAGCUUGUCGACUUUGCUGCGCGCUGUCGUCUAGACUACGCUGCUCGUCUUGUCACUGAGUCUGAGUCCGCCUGUCCUCCGUCCGUCGGGGGUGAGUGUGCCCUUGGCACGGACGUCCUUGAGGACAGGCAGGAGGAGUUCCAGUGUCUGGCCGCCGCUUCACCUCGUCUCGCGUCUGUACUGCUAGCCCCUGAGGGAGACCCGGAUGCACCAGACAUCCCGACUCCGCGCUCUUACGUGGAGGCGAUAGAGGGUCCCUACUCCUCUCAGUGGCAGGCAGCUAUGGAUGCAGAGAUGGCUUCCUGGAAGUCCACAGGCACCUACGUUGACGCUGUUCCCCCUCCUGGGGCGAACAUCGUCAGUGGCAUGUGGAUUUUCAGGGUGAAGCGGCCGCCGGGUUCUCCGCCUGUCUUCAAGGCGCGUUACGUGGCUCGUGGCUUCAGUCAGCGGCAGGGGGUUGACUACUUUCAGACCUUCUCCCCCACCCCAAAGAUGACCACUCUUCGGGUUCUGGUGCACGUUGCUGCUCACCGUGACUACGAGCUCCACUCUCUCGACUUCAGCACAGCUUUCUUGCAGGGCAGCCUGCACGAGGAGAUCUGGCUGCGUCGCCCACCUGGCUUCACUGGGUCUUUCCCUCCUGGUACCCAGUGGAGUCUUCGGCGUCCAGUCUACGGUCUCCGCCAGGCGCCACGUGAGUGGCACGACACACUGAGGACUACGCUCGCGGCACUUGGGUUUGCUCCUUCCACUGCCGACCCGUCGCUGUUUCUGCGCACCGACACCUCUCUGCCGCCGUUCUACAUCCUCGUGUACGUCGACGACUUGGUCUUUGCCACAGCUGACACUGCUGGACUCGCCUACGUGAAGUCCGAGCUGCAGAAGAGACACACGUGCACUGACCUCGGUGAACUGCGCAGCUACCUUGGCUUGCAGAUCACCCGGGACAGAGCACGCCGCACCAUUACCCUGACUCAGUCACACAUGGUGCAGCAGGUCCUUCAGCGCUUCGGCUUCACGUACUCCUCGCCUCAGGCCACUCCUCUGCCUACUCGCCACUCGCUCUCAGCUCUGCCUUCGGAUGAGUCCGUAGAGUCGAGUGGCCCGUUUGCAGAGCUUGUUGGCUGCCUCAUGUACCUGAUGACCUGCACACGACCUGACCUCGCAUACCCUCUUAGCAUUCUUGCACGCUUUGUUGCUCCUGGGAGACACCGACCAGAGCACAUGGCUGCUGCGAAGAGGGUGUUGCGCUACUUGUGCAGUACGUUGGGCAUGGGGCUAGUGCUUGGAGGGCGCAGUCCAGUGGUCCUCACUGGGCACGCAGACGCUUCUUGGGCUGACGACCAGGCUACGCAGCGGUCGUCACAGGGUUACACCUUCAGCCUUGGUUCCGGCUCUGUCUCGUGGCGGGCUACCCGCUCGUCUUCUGUUCUCGGCUCCAGUUGUGAGGCUGAGAUCUACGCUGGGGCUAUGGCUGCACAGGAGUUACGCUGGCUCACCUACCUGCUGACCGACCUUGGAGAGCAGCCUCGUUCUCCUCCAGUCCUGUACGUAGACAACAAGGCCAUGCUGGCCUUGUGUCGAGAGCAGCGACUGGAGCACAGAACGAAGCACAUUGCUCUUCGCUACUUUCUUGCUCGUGAGCUACAGCAGCGUGGACAGCUGCGACUUGCGUACGUGGCCUCUGAGGCCAACAUUGCUGAUGUCUUCACCAAGGCACUUGCGCCUUGUGAUCAUCAGCGUUGCUGCACGCAGUUGGGUCUUGUGCCUGUCUUGCCUCACUUGCUCUCCUCUUGA